GAGCCUUGAAAUUAAAAUACAAGUCAUCACCGCACGGGGAGAGAGACAUUCGAAGUUGCUUUAUGUGCACAAGAACCAGGUGGUUUUACUAACUAUAUAAUACAUUAGUCGUACGUAUUUGACAGGCACUGUCGACCUAAUUCCGUGGUUGUCAUGAUUCGUUCGUAAAGUUUUCUGGGCUUGCUGGCCAGCUAUCAAGCUAACUAGGUUGGCAACAUUGUAGCCUGCUGUUAUCACUUCAACAAUCUUCCCUCCCGCUGGAGAUCUGCGACUGUUGCAAUUAGUUUUUGGGCACUUUUGUCAAAAUAACCAUGAAUGGAGGAGGCUGUCACAUGAGUGGCGAAGGAGGUGACAGUCGCGGGGGUGAAUCUAGAUCAAGACCCACUAUCACGCUAGAGGACUUGGAUGCCUUCAACGAGGAUGACUUCGAUUCAGACCUCUGCAGAAGCGGGGUGCCGGACGGGGCAAACGAUGCUAUGGAGGAAGAGAGUCAGGAUCGCCUGUUAAACUACUGGCAGGACAUUGGCAGAGAACAUCAUGUUCAUGUUCCCCAGGACAUGGCCCAGCCCAUCCAACAGCUCACCUCAGACACAGAGAGCACGAUGGACAGGGAGAAAGUCCCCUUCACACUGAUCACAUGCAAAGAGAAUUAUGAGAAGAGAGUCUACAACCAGGCCAGCUGGGCGUGUAUCACUGUGCGAGAGGACACGUACGAGCAGAGCAUCUGUGCCGGCUUCAUGAAGCUCAUGAGAUAUAUCUGCCAGCAGAAUACCUCAGGUAACUACCUGGGUAUGACCCUUCCCAUUGUGACGGUGGUGAGGACUGAUGACUCCCGCACCAGCCUGUCCAGAGAUGUGACGGUGGCCUACUACUUACCAUCCCAACACCAGGACCAACCCCCCACGCCCUUUGACCCUGACAUCACCAUGGAGACAUGGCCUGCCACCGUGGUCUACAGCAGGUCAUUCAGCGGACCCACUACUGAGACCUCUAUCCUAGGGGAGAUCCAUGAUCUGGGUGAGGUGCUGGACUCUCCACAGCUGUGUGUGAGCGAGUCCUUCAUCGUGGCCGGCUAUACCAGCCCUGCAGCCGCACACCGACACAACGAAGUCUGGUUCCUGGAGCGCUGCUGAAGUGGCUAUGUAGCACUACAUUAUUAACACAAAGUAAACAAAUGGUUAACACUCAUUACAGCGAACCAAAUCGAAAGCCUCACACAAACCAAAAAUAGCAGAAUUUCAUACAGUUUACGUCAAGGAAACAAGUACACAAGUAUGCUUCAUUUUGCAUAUACAGUGGGGAGAACAAGUAUUUGAUACACUGCCGAUUUUGCAGGUUUUCCUACUUACAAAGCAUGUAGAGGUCUGUAAUUUUGAUCAUAGGUACACUUCAACUGUGAGAGACGGAAUCUAAAACAAAAUCCAGAAAAUCACAUUAUAUGAUUUUUUAGUAAUUAAUUAGCAUUUUAUUGCAUGACAUAAGUAUUUGAUACAUCAGAAAAGCAGACCUUAAUAUUUGGUACAGAAACCUUUGUUUGCAAUUACAGAGAUCAUACGUUACCUGUAGUUCUUGACCAGGUUUGCACACACUGCAGCAGGGAUUUUGGCCCACUCCUCCAUACAGACCUUCUCCAGAUCCUUCAGGUUUCGGGGCUAUCGCUGGGCAAUACGGACUUUCAGCUCCCUCCAAAGAUUUUCUAUUGGGUUCAGGUCUGGAGACUGGCUAGGCCACUCCAGGACCUUGAGAUGCUUCUUACGGAGCCACUCCUUAGUUGCCCUGGCUGUGUGUUUUGGGUCGUUGUCAUGCUGGAAGACCCAGCCACGACCCAUCUUCAAUGCUCUUACUGAGGGAAGGAGGUUGUUGGCCAAGAUCUCGCGAUACAUGGCCCCAUCCAUCCUCCCCUCAAUACGGUGCAGUCGUCCUGUCCCCUUUGCAGAAAAGCAUCCCCAAAGAAUGAUGUUUCCACCUCCAUGCUUCACAGUUGGGAUGGUGUUCUUGGUGUUGUACUCAUCCUUCUUCUUCCUCCAAACACGGCGAGUGGACUUUAGACCAAAAAGCUCUAUUUUUGUCUCAUCAGACCACAUGACCUUCUCCCAUUCCUCCUCUGGAUCAUCCAGAUGGUCAUUGGCAAACUUCAGAUGGGCCUGGACAUGCGCUGGCUUGAGCAGGGGGACCUUGCGUGCGCUGCAGGAUUUUAAUCCAUGACGGCGUAGUGUAUUACUAAUGGUUUUCUUUGAGACUGUGAUCCCAGCUCUCUUCAGGUCAUUGACCAGGUCCUGCCGUGUAGUUCUGGGCUGAUCCCUCACCUUCCUCAUGAUCAUUGAUGCCCCACGAGUUGAGAUCUUGCAUGGAGCCCCAGACCGAGGGUGAUUGACCCUCAUCUUGAACUUCUUCCAUUUUCUAAUAAUUGCGCCAACAGUUGUUGCCUUCUCACCAUGCUGCUUGCCUAUUGUCCUGUAGCCCAUCCCAGCCUUGUGCAGGUCUACAAUUUUAUCCCUGAUGUCCUUACACAGCUCUCUGGUCUUGGCCAUUGUGGAGAGGUUGGAGUCUGUUUGAUUGAGUGUGUGGACAGGUGCAAUUAAUACAGGUAAUGAGUGGAGAACAGGAGGGCUUCUUAAAGAAAAACUAACAGGUCUGUGAGAGCCGGAAUUCUUACUGGUUGGUAGGUGAUCAAAUACUUAUGUCAUGCAAUAAAAUCCAAAUUAAUGACUUAAAAUCAUACAGAGUGAUUUUCUGGAUUUUUGUUUUAGAUUCCGUCUCUCACAGUUGAAGUGUACCUAUGAUA